GGGCACUUGUCUUUGCGGCAGGACAGUUGAACAGAAUUAGGUGAAGUGUAGUUGGGUUUUAUUAUGGUUUCAAGCCAAGGUUUUCUUGCUAAUCUUUGCAUGGAACUGUUCAAACCAAACCCACAAACAUAAAUUCCCAUACAAUCGAAUUAAACUCUCAUUACCAAAUCUCCUAAUGGAUAAUGGAGAAACGACACCAAUGCUGACUGUAGACGAUGUUUUAAAACUCAAUCCCUUACUUCCAUCAACUUCAAUGCUUCCUCCGAUGGCAACUGACCAACUUGGACAUGACUCUCAUUUAGGUUCUGAUAUUGAUUGGAUUAGCCUCCUCUCGGGUUCCUUCGAACUUGGUGAUCAAAAUCCGUCACCGUCAAAGGCCAGAUAUGGUGAGAACGUAGGCACAAAAAAGAAGAAGGGUGGCAGGACCAAGAAAGCUACACCAGCGAGAAUUGCAUUUCAUACCAGGAGUGCAGAUGAUAUUCUUGAUGACGGAUAUAGGUGGCGAAAAUAUGGACAGAAGGCUGUGAAAAACAGCACCCACCAAAGGAGCUACUACCGCUGCACGCAACAUACCUGCAAUGUAAAGAAACAGAUACAGAGGUUGUCAAAAGAUUCAAGCAUCGUAGUGACAACGUAUGAGGGGAUUCAUAACCAUCCCUCCGAGAAAGUAAUGGAGAGCUUAAGCCCCCUUCUAAGGCAGUUGCAGUUCCUAUCUAGAAUUUGAUCUAGCUUUGGUUUCUAUCGUGACUCAGCUGAAACAUCAUUUGGCAGUUGUCUGCACGAGGGAAAAUUACAAGGAUGUAGAAAGUAAGAAAGUGAAAAGGUACUUCUGUUUUGUUUGAUACAAUGGAAAAAGCCCAAGGACAGUUUGGAGAAGCGUAUUCUUUUUUUGUCCACAUCACUUCAGCUGGCUUUGGUCUGGAAUUCAAAUGAAUGAUUUAAAACUGAAUUUUCUCCCUCUAAAAGAAAAUAACCAUUAGACUUGAUUAAAACAAAAUCCUUGAUCUGAAACUAAGACUAGAAUUUCUGAUAAAACAAAAAAAGAACUAAGACUAGAAUAUGAACCGAAGUGAAACGAGGGCAGACAUUUUGGUCCCCUGAGCGCUGAAACCGAAAACCACCAGCCUCGUUCCAGCCCAAAACCAAACCAGAACCGACCCUAGCCUCCUUGUUAGAGUGAAAGUUGCUAAGGGAAAAAAAAAAUCUC